GGUCCGUCAGUCUACGACACUACAGCAGGCAAACGGACAAUCCUGGUUGAAAACGGGUUUUUUCCCAGUCCGGGUUUCUGGGGUGAACUGGUCCGGUCUGUGGCCCCUCCCCGCUCCUCCUCCUCCUCCUCGGAUCGGCCGGCCACAUUCCCCGCUACCUUUCACCUCUGAGAACCCCCGAUCUAACGGCGAAGCAGCGCGGACAAACACCGGGACAACAUGGCAUCAGGUGUGACAGUGAACGAUGAGGUCAUCAGGGUAUUCAACGAAAUGAAGGUGAGGAAGUCUUCGACCCACGACGAGGUGAAGAAGAGGAAGAAGGCUGUGCUGUUCUGCCUGAGCGAGGACAGGAAGAAGAUCAUUGUGGAGGAGGGGAAGCAGAUCCUGGUGGGUGACAUCGGAGAGACUGUGGAUGACCCCUACGCCUGUUUUGUCAAGCUCCUCCCCCUCAAUGACUGCAGAUACGGCCUGUAUGACGCCACCUAUGAGACCAAGGAGUCCAAGAAGGAGGACCUGGUCUUCAUCUUCUGGGCUCCAGAGAGCGCUCCACUGAAGAGCAAGAUGAUCUACGCCAGCUCGAAAGACGCCAUCAAAAAGAAGUUUACAGGUAUCAAACACGAGUGGCAGGUGAACGGGCUGGACGACAUCCAGGACCGCAGCACACUGGCUGAGAAGCUGGGCGGGAAUGUGGUGGUGUCUCUGGAGGGCAAGCCGCUGUGAUGUCACCGUGGCCGAGCGGAGCCAAGCCAAACCGCCGUGCCAUCCGGACCGAAGCACCCACCCCCACCUGAACACCGCAGCUUCACCCAGCAGCUUGCUCUGUCUGUAUCCAUGUUCUGAAGGAGUUAGCGUCUUUAGACCUCUUUGUUUUCUUUUUGCUUUUUUCCAACAUGGAGAUCUCAUUAACAUAACGAUAUGCAAACACCUCCCAGUUCGUUGCCACAUGACUUCUGUUCACCUGGCAGAAAAACACCGACACACUACCAAACCCCAGGAAGGUUGUCUCUCUCUCACGGCCAGUUUUGCCAAAAAGUCGAUGUGAAGGAAGCAGCCACAUGUGUUGGAAGGCGAGCGCCGCACUGCGAUGCUCCGCCUCCUGCAGCACACGGGUUUUUUACAUGUGACUUUAUUUAUUAUUGUAAAGUGUUGUUUCUUCUCCAGUAUGUUCACACCAGACACACAUUGUUAGACUAUGCAUCCAGAAGAGAAGAUGCUCACCCAGCACUUUUCAUUGAAACACUACAGUUGAGACACCACCCUGACGUCUAAGUCUCUGUAUUCAUGUCACCGAGCUAACGUUUGUUUACCUCAGUUUUCAUUCCUGUCAGAUGCACCGUCAUUCUAGCUGUUUGGUCGUCGCCUUACUUUCAGUUCGAAUGUAACCGCCACACCAGAGUUAGAGUGCACUUUUGUUUUGUUGAGACACACUACAGGAAGCAGAUUUGACCCCAGCAGUGAGAGACGACCCCACGACAACAACGAGAACACGAUGACAUCUGGAGCCUUAAAGUGGAACGUUGUUUCUGAGAUCACAGGAAGCCACUUUGCAAUAAAAGCCUGUGGCAGAUCUGACA